AAAAAUUCGGGGGGGGGCAGAAGGGGCAAAGUGUAUUUCUAAGUGGGCGAAAUAUAUUAGGGGGGCAAGCUCCUAAGCCCCCCUUUGUCGCCGCCCCUGGAAAGAGAGAGCAUGUAUGUGCGCGCGCAUGCAAAUCGCCUGUUUUUUCUGAUCCUGCACGUUUGCUCGGAAGCCCAGUGAGUUAUAUGGCGCUUUACAGUUUCCCACCUCUCUUGGAAAGUCACGCGCCGUAGAUUGGAACUUCCUUCCAAAUAAGCGAGCUGAGAAUCGCAGCCUGUGGCUCUCUCCCUGAGACCGAUCCCUGUAUUUUUCGAUAUCGGUCCCACUGAGCUCAGAGAGGCUCCUUCCCAAUUAAGCGUGUGUGUUAUAGAGCUACAGCUUAACUUGUGAAUAAGUCCCAUCAAACUGGAUUUAUUUUGGAGUAAAAAAGCAUCGAACGCAGUCGCUCACUUUUUCCCUCGGGGAGAGCGUACGUUUACGUGCCUCUUUCUCGCCGAAAGGAAAAGCAGGAAGUAAAACAGGAACUACCAUAUGUUAUAAAGAAGAGGGGUGGAUGGACUCCUCGAUUGCAACGUUGGAACAAAAUUGCAGCAUGUUGUGUCUCUAGUAACGUUCGUCCCCUCACUAAGGUUGUUUUGCACAGACCCAAAGGAAGCAAUUAGGAAAUGAGGCAAACCAAAAGUAACAGUUGAGAGACAGGAAAUGCAAUGUGUCCCGUCCCCCCCGAGAGGGAUAGAGCAUGCCCGUGAAUGAGUUUGAAAGCACAUGAUGGAAUGGCGGUAGCGUCUCUGUCUUGGAGGUUUAUUCAUCUGGAUCGGAUGAAGUCACACAAGACAUGGAGCACUGCAGCAUUACUGGGACUAAUAAUGGAAGUAUCCUUGGGGGCUUUCCUGAUCAAUGUGGAUGUCUCACGGACUGAAAGAGAAUUGAAGCCCUUCUGGAAAAGCACAGGAUAUUGUCCUCCCCUGCCACACAGUCAAGCAGAUUUGUUUGAUCUCAGUAAAGACCAGAGAAUUAACCUGGCCUACAUUUCUUCUGUGCCACACAAUGGCAUUGACCAAAUCCGAAUCCACUGGCUCCUGGAACUUAUUAAAGUCAGGGAGGCAAACAGGACACUUCAUUACAAUUUCACCAACCUGGAUAACUUUAUGGAUCUUCUUUGGGAAAACAGGUUACAUCCAGGAUUCGAAUUGAUGGGAAGUCCCUCAGGACACUUCACUGACUUUGAAGAUAAAAAGCAGGUGAUACAGUGGAAGAACUUGAUUACACAGUUGGCCACAAGGUAUAUAGAGCGGUAUGGAUUGAAACAUGUUUCUAAGUGGAAUUUUGAGACUUGGAAUGAGCCGGAUCACCAUGACUUUGACAAUGUAUCAAUGACAGUUAAUGGCUUUCUCAACUACUACGAUGCCUGCUCUGAAGGUUUAAGACAAGCUAGUGCUCAGCUGAAACUGGGAGGGCCUGGAGACUCCUUCCACCCAUUCCCCAAAUCCCCAAUGUGCUGGAGCCUCCUCAGCCACUGCCACAAUGGAACUAAUUUCUUUACCAGAGAGACAGGAGUCCGGCUAGACUACAUCGCCAUGCAUAAGAAGGGAGCUGGGCAGUCACUUUACAUCUUAGAACAAGAAACUGAAGCAGUGGGACAGAUCCAGAAGCUCUUCCCCAAUUUCAUCUCUGUGUCCAUAUACAACGAUGAGGCAGAUCCACUGGUAGGAUGGUCAGUUCCACAGCCAUGGAGAGCUGACGUAACCUAUGCGGCUAUGGUGGUAAAGGUUAUUGCCCAGCACCAAAACCUACUGAUUGCUAAAGCCAACAAUACCAUAAACUACACUUUGCUGAGCAACGACAAUGCGUUUCUGAGCUACCACCCCCAUCACUUCACCCAGAGGACCCUGACAGCACGCUUUCAAAUGAACAACACAAAACCACCACAUGUCCAGAUGGUGAGGAAGCCAGUGCUCACUGUGAUGGGCCUUCUGGCCCUGCUAGGAGAGGAGCAAGUCUCUGCUGACAUCUCCAGCCAGGAAUCGGAAGACGAUAACACUCUUGGAGUACUAGCCAGCCUACACAGACCUGCGGAGCAACCGUCAGACAGCUGGCAGGUCUCCAUAUUGAUCUAUUCCAGCAAUGAUAAUGAGACAUCCUCAAACAUCAGCGCCGUGGCAAUAAAUGUAACCAACUACCCCAAGCACAAAGAACUUAUGUACGUAACUUACUACUUGGACAACUACCUGACCAACCCAUAUUUGGAGUGGAAGAAAUUGGGAGCUCCUGAUUUUCCUUCUGUGAAGCAACUGGAGCAGAUAAGAGACGCUGAGGACCCAGUGGUGAAAGGGCCAUUUCCACUUCCAGCAAAAGGCAGCUUGAUGCUUAAACAAGUGCUGCCGGUUCCAGCUAUCUUCCUUGUCCAUAUCUGUGCAAAACCACUGUCUGCUCCCAAUCAGGUGAGUAGCAUUCGCUUCAUCGGUCUCACAAAUGGACAAGUUCUGGUAAUGUGGGAUGACAGCUGUGUGGAUUCCAAGUGUCUGAAAAGAUUUGAAGUGGUAUUCUCACAGGAUGGGAAAGUAUACCAUCAGAUCAGUAUCAAAGACAGUAUAUUUACAAAGUUCGUCUACAGCCCAGGAACAAGAGUCACAGGGUUUUACAAAGUGCGAGCUGUGGAUUACUGGGACAGGGCAGGCUUGUUUUCUCUGCCAGGCUACUACAGGGAAGCAUCUUAAGCAGGAGCAAGAGUGCCCCAUUGGCAAGUCUGAAGUUACAGAAUUAAGCCUGCAGUUUGUAAAGCUACAGAAAGCAGUGAUUCUCAUGCCCUUUGAGAAAUCCACUGUCCCUUGCUUCUGUUCCUUCCUGAAGGCUAAACUACACAUAUAUUCGUCAUGUAGCUCCAUCCUUAAGUGCAAAGGUUGGGGGGGGGGUUAGAAAUAAGUGUGGGGACCCUGAUCUGAAUUGGACCUUGGUCUGUGGGGUUAUGAGGCAUUAAUCCUUUGCCCUAUGCUGUGGGCCAAUCCAGUUCAUGCCCUCUGUGCUAUUUGACUGUAGAGGACUGAUACAAAGGCCCUGUAGUACUUCCUGCUUAUGGAAAAGGCUUUAUAAGUUUUUUUGGGGGGGGGGAACCACAAAGAAGUAAUGUGUGCAAAUAAAUAGUUAUGGUUGUCAGUGUUUAGAAAGGCAUGCACAGAAUUAUACUAUACUUCCUUUUUGGCCUCUGCCACUUUCUCGACCAGUGAUCUCUGUCUGGCUGUCUGCCCCCUUCACGCCUCAAAAAUUGCCUCACUCUUACUUCAGUUGUCAGGGAAGGGUAGAACAAAGUGACAUGAGAACAGCAGUGGGCAUGCUUGACCUAUGUGAUAAGUGGAUCCCAUUGACCUGAAAGGGCUGGGCUACUUUAUACCUAAAAAUGGCACCUGAAACUUGAAACCCGAUGCUACAUGGUGCCAGGCGAUGGGACUCGUAAGAUUGAUGGCAGCCCAUGUUCUUUUUAACCCUUUGUGUGGGGAAAUGUAUGUGAAGACAACUAAAACCAUAAAGUUCCCAAAUCUCCUGCUGAAGUACUUGAUAUCACAGGUUUGCCCAUGCAAACACAGCCCGAGGAAACAAUGUAAAAGAUUACUUAAAACCAUUUAUUGACCAACAUGAAUACAGUUCUUUGUGUGCAGAUAAGCAAUAUGUGUUGCUCCCAAGUGCAAUAAAAUAAAAAAUAAACCAA